CUCCUCCCGCACCCGGCGGCCCCCCUCGGCCUCGUAGCCAGCGGCCCCGCGGGCGCCCGGCGCCGCCCGCCCGCGGCCCCGAGCGAGCCGGCGGCCGCGCGCCUCUGUGUGUGUGUGGAAAUCCCCCCACCUCCUCCCCCGGCUGCCGGCUGCGCUGCGCUGGCAGCGGCGGCGGCAGCUGUGCGGGCAGGGCGAGGGAGGGGAGAGGGGCAGAGGGAAGCCAGGCGGCGGGGCGGGGAGGCGGGCGGGGAAGGGGCGAGCCCGAGGGAGCCCGGCGGCCCCGAAAUGAAUUAGGCUGCGGAGGGGAGGGCUCCCCUCCCCCCUUCCUCCCGCACGGAGCCCGGCGGGAGCAGCACCGCCUCGCACCGCGCCGCCUGCUCCAGUCGCGCACACACACACAGCGCAGGCAGGCGGCGGGGGCGGGCCGGGCGGCCGGGGGGGCCGGCAGAUGAAGAUGGCAAUGUCUGUGAUCCAAGCGUGCCGCAGCCUGGCUCUCUCAACAUGGCUGCUGUCCUUUUGUUUCGUGCAUCUGCUGUGCCUGGACUUCACCGUGGCCGAGAAGGAGGAGUGGUACACGGCCUUCGUCAACAUCACCUACGCCGACCCGGCGGGCGGCAGCGCCGAGCUCCGCAGCGAGAAGAGCGAGUGCGGGCGCUACGGCGAGCAGUCGCCCAAGCAGGACGCCCGCGGGCAGGUGGCCCUCUCUGCCUCACCCACCGACCGCUACGCCUGCGACCCCGCCACCCGCUUCAACGCCCCCGCGCCGGGCAAGAGCUGGGUGGCCCUCAUCCCGCGCGGCAACUGCACCUACAGGGACAAGAUCCGCCACGCCGCCGCCCAGAACGCCUCUGCCGUGGUCAUCUACAACGUGGGCUCCAGCAACGCCAACGAGACCAUCACCAUGCCCCAUGCAGGUCUAGAAGAUGUUGUAGCAAUAAUGAUUCCUGAACCCAAAGGAAAAGAGAUAGUGAGCCUCCUGGAGAGGAAUAUUACUGUGAUGAUGUACAUAACAAUUGGAACGCGCAACUUGCAGAAGUACGUCAGCCGUACCUCCGUGGUGUUCGUCUCUAUCUCCUUCAUUGUGUUGAUGAUCAUCUCACUGGCGUGGCUGGUUUUCUAUUAUAUUCAGCGAUUCCGCUAUGCAAAUGCCAGAGACAGAAAUCAGCGCCGGCUUGGAGAUGCUGCAAAGAAAGCAAUCAGCAAGCUGCAAGUCAGAACAAUCAGGAAAGGUGAUAAGGAAACUGAGCCAGACUUUGAUAACUGUGCUGUGUGUAUUGAAGGCUACAAGCCCAAUGAUGUUGUCAGAAUCUUACCUUGCAGGCAUCUUUUUCACAAGUCCUGUGUAGACCCCUGGCUGCUAGACCAUCGUACCUGCCCUAUGUGUAAAAUGAAUAUUCUAAAAGCUCUAGGGAUUCCGCCAAAUGCAGAUUGCAUAGAUGAUAUACCUCCAGAUUUGGAAGCAUCCAUAGGAGGACCACCAACGAACCAGAUAACGGGAGCUAGUGAUAUAACAGUCAACGAGAGCUCUGUAGCCCUGGAUCCCCCGGUCCGGACUGUGGGAGUACUACAAGUCAUCCAAGAUGUAGACUCCUUUCCCCAAGUCGGGGAGGGUAACUUCACAACAAGCAAUGAACAGGAGCCAGCAGUCAGCAGUGAUUCAGAUAUUUCAUUGAUUAUGGCAAUGGAGGUUGGACUGUCUGAUGUGGAGCUUUCCACUGAUCAAGACUGCGAAGAGGUGAAGUCUUGAAAAACACACAGAAAUCCGACACUAAACUACAGGGGAGGGUCACAGGGAGGGACCGAGUCAGCUUUCUAGGAUUUGGACCAGUCAUGCACACACCUCCAGAGCACUGUCACUCCAGCACACUCCAUUCUGAGACGGUCACGAAAAGCAAUAGCAACAGUUGUGUCUGCCUGGUUGCAGUUUCAUCACCUGCACAUGUUCAUUUGGUUCACAUGGAAGAGGAAAGCUUCCCGUUUACCCAUGUGCUUGAGAGCAGUCAUGCAGCUCUUCAGUGGCUCAUAAAUACGCAACUGUCAUAAAUACGCAACUGAAAUGACAGCUUGAGUGUUUUCUACACUUGUUCAAUUUUUUUUUAACCUAUGUAUGUUUGUUUGUUUGUUUAUAGUUUAUUAUGGAUGGACACUAUAUUUUUGUUGACUGACCCCAGCUUUUUCAAGAGUUCAAUCCAAAAAUUUCAGUUCCUGUUCACUGGUCACUUCAUGGUCCGACUCCAGGAUUUAUUAUUGCCUUGACAUUUCUGUUUGACGUAUACAUGGCUUCGGAAGGAUAGUGCUUCAGCACCCUGUAUUAAUGUGAAUCCUGCUUUUGUUAAAUGGGGCCUUGGAAAUCACGUAUUUUGAAAGCUUUUAUUUGUAAGAGAGCUCUGAAUUAACAGAGAUUACUGAGUUUUUAUUUAAAACUGCAUUAUGUUGGCUUUUACUUAGAGCUCUAUUCAAAACAAGGUUGGUGCCGUAUGGGGUAGAGAAAGAAGAGCAUUAAGCUUCACCUUGUCCUUGUAAUCCUUUGCUGUAUUUUAGGCUAUUAGCAGUUGUCGGUACAUGAAUGGCCUUCCUUCAAGUCACAAUUCAAUAGCUGGAAAAGAAGAUCUACUAUAACAUUGUGCAUUUUCUUAAUUUUACAGACCAAAAUCUGACCAAUAGGCCAAAGGACUGUCUGAGAGGUUUCCAGAGGGUGCUUGUUAACAGCUGCACAGUAUGUGGAUGACGAAAAUAUUCUGAGAAAGGGUCUGGAGAUACUAAUGUCAGUGUCAAAAAUUGCUAAUGAAGCAAGAGGCAGCUGGAUGAAAUGUUUACUUGUUUUAUUUUUUUUCUUGAUAUGUUUCAUUUCUAAUUUUUUAACCGCAGUUUUGCCUGUUUGUUAUCAAACACAAGAAUCCAAGUGGUUCCUUGCCUCCAGAGUCCCUGUUAACAAGCAUAGCAGAAUACUUGCAGUUUACAUAGAACUAUGUAUAGCAAAAAAUUUGGGAGAGGAAAUAGGAAACAAACAGAAGUAACAUAAAACAAAACAUCUAAAUAAUAAUGACCUGUAAUUAUUAUUUAGUCCAUCCUGAAUGAUGCUUUCCAGAGAAGAGCUUAUUUUGUCACUUGUUUAGUGUACAAUUUUGUUUUUCAGUCAAAACAUUUAACUGUGAAGAAGGACUUUUAGCUUACUGUUACACAAGAGUAAAUGGUUUCUGUUGACAGUCAGAUGGUUUAAAUCACAUUACGGCCUCCUGAGUAGGUCAGGAGAAUCAACAAUUCAGCUUGCCUCAAAAUUUCAUGGAGAGGUCAAAUAUUUUCACUUAAUUGUGUCACAGCAGCAUCUCAAAAUGCAAAUAUUAGGGCUCGUGCUCCAUUUAAUCUCCACAUUAUCUGUGGAAACUAGCUUCCAGCCAAAAUUUGCCUGUCAGAUCUUAUUCAGGAACAAAUGUGUUUACUACUAUCUCUAAAAUUUUUGGUGGCUUGUUUUUUAAUUACAGAAAGAAGGAAAAAAAUACUCCGUGCUUCGUGGUCCAGUUAGAACUGAGUUAAUUUUAUAGCUCAAUUUUUUAAUGUUCCUAGUCCGUAAACUGGAGGGUAAGUUUGAGGCAAAGGAAUGCAAGCUAAUAAUACUUCAAAACCAUGAUACAGAAAUGUGCCACUACAUUUUUAUAAACCUUUCAAAAGGACAUUUUUUCUUAAUUAAAGAGAUGCAGGCAGUUAGAGAUCUGCUUGGUUUAAAAAGGAAGUUAGAGAUAAUUCCAGACUGUGUGCCUGCCCUUGGUCACUCUUGCCAAUAUUUGUGGUUUUAUAAUCGUAUUUUUCAUACUCUUUAAUGUCCUCUCUAUUCCCUGUUACUAUGUGAAAGGCCCAUAGUGUCAGGGGAACUGAUGGUGAAAUUCACCCCUAUGCAGAGAGUUUGCACAAGGUACCACAUAAGCUCCACUUAAGCCCUGGAAGUAAUACUGAAAUGGGAUUUAAGUGGUGCAUACGCCUUUCACAUGGGAAUGAAAUUCACCUCAAAUGAUAACGCAGGGCAAAGAGAGAAACUGAUUAUACGCAGCUAGGUUUCCUUGUGGAAAGUAUGCACCCUGGUACAACAGAGAACUAACUUCUCUGCUGUCUGCCAGUUUUGCUGGGGCCUGGGUGUUACAUGUCACAGGAACAUCAGGAACAGGAUGGCUGAGUUAUCAGCAAUCCUUUAACAUCCGUCCAUGGCAGAUGAGCAACAAACAAAACUCCUGGCCCUAGGAAAUACCAUUUCAGUUCCAGAGGAACUAUUGCAAAAUCUUCAUUUUAUUUCACAAACUUAAUUAAAUUAAUCUCAGUAGACAGAUUGACCAAUUAUCUGUGCUGUAAUGGAGUCACCACAGCACAGCAAAGCAAGCAAAGUCCAUGCUUGUACAAGAAGCUGUAAAAAUGCAAGCUGAAGCAGGAGGUGAAGCUCCCAGCUGGUUCUGAAUUGGGUCAUUUGCCCAGUAAUAGCAUUAAAGGGAGCUGUGCUCAAAGGUGCAUCACACCAGAUAUGUAACUGAGACCCUGCCCAUGUUGGUAGGAGCUGGGGAAGGACUGCAGAGGAGGACUGUGCUGUACAUGCUCUUUUCUUAAGCGUCCAUUACUAGAUCUGCUCCCAAGGCAUCCACUGUUGGCCACUGACAGAAGCAGAGUGCUCGGCUGUGGGGGCUGCUUUUAUGUAUCAGCAUACCGUGGUCUUGUCAAGAGUCGCCCUAGCAAACCUGGCUCAGGGUCCCUUCAGCUCUUGUUUUCCAAAUUCUACCUGCAGCGUCACUUGGGACAGAUAUUCUUCCAUUUCUUUCCUCAGCUGUUCUGUAGGUCUCAGCGUCGUUAAAUGGUAACCAGUGCAAGGCCAGGCUAUGCAUCACUGAAGCCUGGACUUAAGAAAGCACUUAAGUAAAUGUUUAAAUCUGUUCUUGUUCAGAAAAGCACUUACAUCUGAUUUUGGGCUUUUACUGAAAUCAGUUGUUUUCAGCAGGUCUUAUAGGAGUGUAUUUAAGCCCCUGUGUCAAAUGGAAAUGUUUUCCUAAAGCAGGACCUGGUUGACGAUGUUUUUUUGUAUAUAAGACCUGUGAAAUGCCUUGGGAAUUUGAGGUGCUUCAUAAAUAUUAAGACUCCAGAGGUAUGUUUGUAACACACAUGAAAGCCUUAAUUCUGCAGGUCUGCGUGCCCAUGCAUAAUUUUGCCUAUGCGAGUCUCUCUGCUGCGACUCCUCACAGCGGUAAAAUUAAACCUCCUCGUUUGCAGGUUUGGGCAAGAUUAGGCCCUUCUUGAGCACUCUGUGAUUCCUCACUACAGCUGCCUGCUAAAGCUAGGGUCCGGUAUUAAAUCUCCUCCGUGGCUAAGUGGGCUUCAGAGAGCCGAGGUGCAGCACCACCUAUUCAGAAGAGGAAGCAGCCCACAGCCAGGCAAAACCAAAAUGCUGUGGUGCCCUCUGACGAAGAAGCGCUCACGUGAAUAAUCCUGCAGGCUCGCGCUGUGACUGCCCGUGCUCUGCGCGGGUUGCUUCUCCGCCACCGGUGGCACCUCCUGGCCCUGCCCCUGGCUGGAGGCCGCGCAGCGCUUUAAGAAAAGCAUUCCUGUCACUAAGCUGAUCUUGUUUCUCUCCAAGCUCAUCCUGUUCCUUUCAUCUGAGGGUCUUUCCUCUUAUUUUGCAUUAGGAAGUAUGCAUGUAGUAUGUGGGAGAAACGCUUGGUUUAGUGAAGCUCGUCUGCUCUCUGGCCGAGUUACAGGAUGAAACUUGGACAGACAGAGCCUGUGCUCCGAUUUCCUUUGGUUUUCAUGGAUUUCAUUAAGCUGCUUUCCCAAAGGUCUAUUCAAUAGGCGGGACACACAAACAGUUACAGGAGCUUAACUUUGCACUCACAGACAACCUGCUGGGUGCGUGCGGAUAUGCAGCAUGCCCAUGUGCAAGGUGCUGGCUCUGCAUCCGUUCCUCUCCGCUCACCCAUUCUGGUGGGGAUACAGGUCUGGCACAUGCUGGGGAGUUUUUUACAGAUUGUUUUAAAGCAUCACAGACAUGAUCUGGACAAUCAUGGCACAUCAAUUUGUCCUUUAAGCUUUCUAUAGAAUUAAAUUUCCAUAUAUGCAUAUGUAGGUACGUUGAUACGACUAUGGAAACUGUAUGUGAAAACAGAAGCAACCAUCAUUUUUAGACUGUUUUUAUAUGUGAGAGAUUGUGACAUUAAAGAAAAAGGCUCUGUAGAAGCAAUUUGAGAAAAAUGCUUGAAAUCACAUAUGAAAAGAGGUCUCUAGAAUCUCGCUGCUUUAGUUUAAUGACUCUGGAUCAGGUCUGCAGGAAGUAGUUGCAAGAAGAUCAGUACUUUGUCUCUCGUUGCAUGACUAGUUUGUGAUAUGUAAUUGUUUUAUUAACAAAAUGAACCCAACUACCAGAGAGAGAUCCAGCUCUGAAUUUAAUCUUUCUUAAAGAAUAUGCAUUUUGUGAGCCAAAGUUAUUGUUCAAACCCAUAAAUCCACUUUCUUUUCCCUCUUGCUAAAUAAAAAGUAAUCCUUGUCCACUUUAAAAUUUGUGUAGCUCAGAAGAUGUUUGCAUAUAGAUGGAUUGCCCUGGAAGGUACCUGCAGACAACUUAGCACAUCUGUGUAUUUUUAAUUAGCAGUACGCUGCUAUAGAUUUUUGAGAAAAUGUGUUUCAUUUGCCAUCCUCGUUCAGCUUAGAGUGCAGUUAUUGUAUAGAUUUUCCAGUGUUCUGCCUUACAAUUUUCCUCCUUUGAAUGUAUGCUACAGUCCUUGAAGGGAAGUUUAUGAUUAAAAGGCAGUGAUCAGGGCACAAGCCGUUAUACGUCUCAAGACUGCAAGUCCUUGUUGUGACAAUUAGUCUGUACUGAAAUGACAAUAGAGGUUAUGCAUAACAAAGGAAAAUGCCUUGCAGCUUGUGCAGCUGGGGCUCUCUCUGGUUUUGUUUGUAGGUGGCUUGUUCCUUCCUGGUCGCUGUCCACAGAAAAGCUCAUGACUACGCAUGUAGUUUGGAAUAAGCUGAGAAUAAGACCUUACAGGCUGUGCAAACCAAGAAAACCCAUAGCAAUUUUCUGAUUUCUAUUUCAUUAGCAAUAAUGGAGAUUUUUUUUACCACUUUUUGGUUUUGUAGGUGCCAAAGUUACCAGUCUGCUAGGAAUAUGGGCCAGGACAAGCUGACUGUCUAAGCAGAAGAGGGAAGGCUUGAUUUGCUGUUGUGACGCAUCCCUUUUGCAGGGCCAAAAUGGGAGAAACGCAGCCUGCUCCCUCCCGGCCCCUCUGCCGAAGGCUCGCUCGCGUGGGAGCCUUUGGUGCGGGGAAGGAACUCGGCUGCAGCUCAGGCCGUGCCACCCUCGCCCGCGCCUGGUGCUGCUGGCAUCUCGAGUGACAAGCCGGACCGCUCCGGCGCAGCAGGGAGGGAAGGAGCCAGUUUCUCCCGGUAGCUUCAUGCCAGCUUUGUGUAGCCCCAGCGGGAGGAGUACGCUGACAGUGCAGGCAGGGCUGGAUUUGCAGGUAGGUCCUUUACAUCAUCCCGGUAGUGCAAAAGGGCCGCAACAUAAACUAACAUUAGGCCCAUGGACAUCUUUGGCUUGCAAUGCAGUUCAGCUUAAGGGCUUAGCUUUAGAUAAGCCCAGGUCUCAGGCAGAUUGAGGGGAACCUCACUGCUCCCUAACCAGUGCUAACUGGGACCGCUGCCUAACAGCUCAAGAUGUAUCGCUACUUCAUAAAGCAGCACUGUGCGUUAACUCGCUUGUUCGGUAGUGGCAAAAUGUUUGAGCAUAUAUUGGGCAACUAGUCUGACAGAAAAGAGUUGCCCUUGUUAAAGCAGUGAUGAAAAACAAUAUAAUGAAAUACUUUAGGGGACAGGGCAAAAUCAGGGUGGAACUGCUGUUUUAGUGAACUUUUUACAUAGGGACAACUGCUGCAACACAAGUCCUUCCUUUAUUUUAACAAGCUGUUACCUGAACUGAUUGAUACUCCUGCAGUGGCAAGAACACCAGAUGGACUUUUUAGUCUGGGAUUUGUUUGUGUACCAGAUGGCAGCUGCAGGCUGGGACUGCAGAGGGAGGGAGACGAGUGCCCUCUGCUGCCCAGCUUCCAGUCUGCCAGGAAACGGUAAAUCACUUUCUCUUUUUUGGCAUUUAUUGAAAAAAUAAGGAAAAGUCCUGAGCAUGAGCUAUAUUUCAAAGAGAGAAGUGAAAAAGGAAGGAUGAAUAUGUUGUGCAUUUUGAGUGAAAAGCCAGCAGAUGAAUAUUCCAUCUGAAAUUAAUCUCGCCUCUCCAAACUACUUUAAUUGUGAAUUGGUGGAAGCUAUUUCUUACUGGAGUGAAUGCCAAAAAAAGAAAAAAGAAAAUAAAAAAGUAAAAAAUAGUUUUCCCUUUUUUUAUUUCCUCAUUCUUUAGUCCUGUGUAGUGUUAAAAAAGAUAUAAAGAUGCUUUGUUGCUCUGAAUGUAUGCAGUUAUUACAGAUGUCAGCUAUCUAAAUGUUUUGUACGUGUACAUACUGCCAUCCUUACUUCUUGUUUCAUGUUAGGAACCUGAAAAGCCUGUACCAUUUUGUAAUUAGAAAUGUAAAGGGGGGACAGUGGGUGGGGGGGGGUCUGUUAUUUUUAUAGCAAGAUGUUCCUUGUAUUUAGUAAACAUUUUACAUGAUUUUGUACUUGUCAGAAAGAUGCAUUCCAUCCAUUUCCAGAAGAGAAUUAUUUUUGUUUGAAGUAGUUUAUAAGCAAACCAAAAAAAUUGUGGCAUCCGGUCUGUAUGCAGUUCAUGAAUCGAGCAGAAGCACUCUGGUUUCCAGGGAUGGCUCCAAAGUUUGUCCCAGCAAUGUCUCUUCUCACACACUGCAGAGCCAUACCAGCAAAUGCCAAUUUUAAAAAGGGAAGAAAAAAAAACAAGCGAAAUAACUACCCUAUGCAUUUUAUUUUCUGUAUCAGUGCAUAGCUUACUGAAAUAAUUUCCAGUUAGGAGACGAUGCUGUGUAACAGUGAAAUUACCUGCUUUGGACACCAGGAGCCGGUUUCAUUUUUACCUUAGCCUUUGGCCUCCCCUGUCCCCCUGCCCUUGCUCCUCGUCAGCCACCACAGGGGCUGCCAAGGUGCAGGGCUCAUAGUCCUCGAAAGCUAAAAGGGGGGACAGGCUUGUUGCCCCCACGCACACUCUCCUGUUUCACUGCAGAUCCACCAGGCUCAGAGCGGUUUUUUGGUGGAAGUUUUCGCUGGCGCUGAAACCGGGUCCUGCAGACUGAGCGUGUUUCCUUAUUUUGACUGUGGAAACUACCCUUCAUCGCCACAUUAAAAAGAUUUCCUUUGCUCAGCCAGCUACACCUUGAUUUGUGAAACACCUAGCUAAAGACCAUGGCAAAAUCACACAGUGGCAUUUGCAUAAACAGUUCUGUUUUUUUAGUAUCUUUCUUUUUUUUCUGCUACCUGUGAAUCUUCUGCCACAACAGUGCAGUGGCAGUUUGUGAAGCGAGCUUCUUUUCUAGCAUUAUUUUCUGUACAGUAUUGCAAGUAUACUUCAAGUCUUUGCUGAUAUUUUAUAAUGUAUACAUCUUCCCCUCCAAUGCACUUUAUCUCUCUUGAAAAAUGUGGGAGUCAGAGAACUACCAUCUUAAAGGGAUUUGCCUGAAAUCAUGAGGCACACACUUUUUUUUUUCUUCUUCUUCUUGCUUUGUUAUAUACUGUAAAUGCUAAACAGCAUGGACAGUGACUCAGCUGGGGAAAGUACUGAAAUGUUAAGGCUAAUAUUUGGAAGCAUUCAGUAGUACAACACGGCUAUUUUUGUUAAAUAGAGGAUUAUAAUGUAAAUAUGUGAGACUGUGUUAUUAUGUACUAGUAAAAUAUUGCAACUAUCAAAGUUAAGAUUGUGAAUUCCAAGGAAUUUUAUUGCAAGUUUUUUAAUAAAAUGAAUCUGAUUACUGUGUCAUACCUAUUUCCUAA